GGUCAGGCUCUCGGCUCUCGGCUCGGCUCCCGGCUCCCGGCUCCCGGCUCCCGGUGCCCUGCGUGGAGCUGUUCCUCAAACGACGCGCAGCCGAGGACUGUGGGUGAGGACACGGGAGGCAGUGUCGUCGGAUCCGCCCGCAGUCCGCAGCUCCACUGAGCCCGGAGGCCGCCGGGAUGGAGCCGCGGCUCCCGGUCGGAGCCCAGCCCCUUGCCACUAUCGAGGGUAUGGAGAUGAAGGGUACUCUCCGGGAGCCCUGCGCCCUGACGCUAGCCCAAAGGAACGGGCAAAAUGAGUUAAUAAUCCAGUUGCGCGAGAAGGAACAGCAUGUUCAAGAUAUCAUUCCUAUAAAUAGCCACUUCAGAUGUGUUCAAGAAGCAGAAGAAACUCUUUUGAUUGAUAUAGCUUCAAACAGUGGCUGCAAAAUUCGGGUUCAGGGGGACCGGACCAGAGAGCGGCGCUUUGAAAUCCCUGAUGAGGAACACUGUUUGAAGUUCCUCUCAGAGGUCCUUGCUGCUCAGGAAGCUCAGUCACAACUUCUUGUUCCAGAGCAAAAGGACUCAUCUAGCUGGUAUCAGAAAUUAGACACCAAGGACAAGCCGCCUGUUUUUUCAGGGCUUCUUGGAUUUGAGGAUAAUUUUUCAUCUAUGAAUUUGGACAAGAAAAUUAAUUCACAAAAUCAUCCUAUAGGGAUUCAUCGGGAACCCCCACCCCCACCCCCUUCAGUGAAUAGAAUGCUUCCACGCGACAAAGAAGCUUCUAACAAGGAACAGCCCAAAGUGACCAACACCAUGCGGAAACUCUUUGUACCAAACACCCAGGCUGGGCAGCGGGAGGGUCUCAUCAAACAUAUCCUGGCAAAGCGAGAGAAAGAAUAUGUCAACAUUCAGAAUUUCAGAUUUUUUGUUGGAACGUGGAACGUGAAUGGCCAGUCUCCAGAUAGUGAGUUGGAACCUUGGCUGAACUGUGAUUCAAAUCCUCCUGAUAUCUACUGCAUUGGAUUCCAAGAGCUGGACUUGAGCACAGAAGCCUUUUUCUACUUUGAAUCUGUGAAAGAACAAGAGUGGUCCAUGGCUGUGGAGAGGGGUUUGCAUUCCAAAGCCAAGUAUAAGAAAGUUCAACUAGUCCGCCUUGUUGGGAUGAUGCUCCUCAUAUUUGCCAGAAAGGACCAGUGGCGCUAUAUCCGUGAUGUUGCUACAGAAACAGUUGGAACUGGAAUCAUGGGGAAAAUGGGAAACAAAGGUGGGGUAGCUGUGAGAUUUGUAUUUCACAACACUACCUUUUGCAUUGUCAAUUCCCACCUGGCUGCCCACGUGGAGGACUUUGAGAGAAGGAAUCAAGAUUAUAAGGACAUCUGUGCACGCAUGAGUUUUGUGGUCCCAAAUCAGACCCUCCCACAGCUGAACAUCAUGAAACAUGAUGUUGUCAUCUGGUUGGGAGAUUUGAACUAUAGACUUUGUAUGCCUGAUGCCAAUGAAGUGAAGAGUCUUAUUAACAAGAAUGACCUUCAGAGACUCUUGAAAUUUGACCAGCUAAAUAUUCAGCGCACACAGAAAAAAGCUUUUGCUGACUUCACCGAAGGUGAAAUCAAGUUUAUCCCCACUUAUAAGUAUGACUCUAAAACAGACCGAUGGGAUUCCAGUGGGAAAUGUCGGGUUCCAGCCUGGUGUGACCGGAUUCUUUGGAGAGGAACAAAUGUUAAUCAGCUUCAUUACCGGAGUCACAUGGAACUAAAAACCAGUGACCACAAGCCUGUUAGCGCCCUCUUCCAUAUUGGGAACCUCCAGAGGUCCUCAUUUUGGAAGAUGAAGCCAUUCCUGUUUGAAGUCGACAACCGGAGACUCUAA